AAUCGGCCAUAGCGCCCCGCUUAAGUGCAUAGCCCUAGACUCAACUUGGUCAGUGCCCACUAACUGCAAACCAAUUUGUUGACUUUCCCCCCAAGUAAACAAAUUAAACAAAUUCUGAUGUCAGUUUCCCUCUUCUCUCCCCACAACUCUUUUCCAAUAACUCCCCUAAUUAAACAUAAACACCAUUGCAUAUUGGUUGCAUGCCCCCAGCUCGCUUGAGCAAGUCCAACUUGUAAUUUCAAACUUACCUAACAUAUCAUCCAAUUUGUUGUUUUGAAGUUGCUACCUAUCAACCAUGGCGCGUCGCUCAGCUCGCAUCGCGAGCGCUUCUAAGAGGACCAACGCUUCGUCGGCACCUCAACUAGGUGCUCUUUCCGAGAAAGAUGAGCAAGAUGAGCGCAUGCCUACAGCCACUGAGCGCACUCCCACAUCCGCAAAGCCAGCUACUCGUCGCCUCGACACUAUCGCAUCUUCUCCCAUGCAUCAACCCGCUACCCCCGCUUUAGCCACACCUGUUAAGCUGCCGAUGUCAGAAAUGCAUCCCAGCAAAGUUCACCCCACUACCGCCGCACCUUCAUCGGGCCUUAAGCUUGGCUUCGUCGAUAUCGACUAUACUAAGAAACCCAACGAAGCAUCCGGACUAAUUCAAUCUACUCCAUCCAAAACCCCCGCGCCCUCUUCCGACUUCACCUUCCGAUACGCCAGAAUCAACCGCAAUGGUGACGAAGGGCUAACCCCCAGAGCUAAGAAAAUGAUGGAAGGUAUCCGCGAGGAGGCUGCAAAGAUCAAGGUCGAACUUGCUGCCAAGCACGAGCAAGAGAAAGAGGAAGAGGCUGCCAACGAAGGCCGUAAGAUUCGUCAGGCCAAAGGAAAGGCUGGCCGCUUCAGUGCUGCACAUAUGGCCGAGUUCAAAAAGAUGGAUUCUAUCGAAAACCAUCCGUCGGCAUUCCGUGCCGUCCAAGGCCGCUCUACUCCUUUGAAGGGUGGCCUCAAACGUAGCCAAUCGAAAGCAAACCUCGACGACGUCGAUUCUGCACGAUCCAAGAAAUCUUCUACCCGCCCAGUGCCGGCCGCCCCUGAAAAGGAACAGGAGCAGUCUGAGUCGCCUGUCAAGCGUACAAAGCAGCGAGCUGACGACGACGUGUCUGGUCUCCGUCCCGUUUCGCGGGAUGGCAGUUUCCUUCCUCGACCUAAAAGCAGUGGCAAUGACUCAACUCGAAGCGGUAUUCCUCGUUCGUACGCGCUUGCAAAUCUCAUGACACCGACUAAAUCUUCGCUUGCCCGUGCAACUAGCAUCAAAGCUCCUAGCGUCGCGUUGACGAAAUCUGUCAGCAAACCAGAUCUUGGUACACUGGGUAGAUCGUCUAGCAACAAAGGCAUUAGUACUUUGAAGAAGUCCAUGUCAAAUAACGCGAUCGUGGACAACAAACCCACUCAUGUCCAGACGCCAGGUCGAUUUGAUAGAGUCAAGUCGAUCCUAAAGAGACAUGUUACCGGGACCAAAUCUAAGUCCAGCAUCCCUCAGCUUGUUGCGUCACCCUCAAAGACAUCUCUUCCGGAACGUGUUGAUGAGGAACUACCUCAGGCGCCGCUUACCACCCCCGGACGAAAGCUAGAGCGACGUGUGAAUUUCACCCCAGAGGCCAAACGGGCUACUACCAUGCUCCUGGAUUCUCCUUCGCCUGUUAAGUCGAGCAUUCCGCGCUCAAAGGCUCUGUCCCACCUUCGAUUCGGUAGUUCCACUGCUGAAAAACUGACCAGCACUAAGGUUUCCGACGGUGAGGUGACAUAUCCUGAUCUCUCCGCUUAUUGUCGAGAUGUCGAUGAAGUGGCCGAAACGUCUGCCCCGAGCCAACCCCUGCAGUCAGUUCCCGGUACGUUCACUUUCCGCAGCGACCAUACCAUCAGCUUUGGCGGCGUCUCCCCCCAAGGAUUCGGCGGUGCUGCUGGCCAAGCCAGUCUUCGUCACGUUCGCAACUCUGUCCUACCCGCCACCCGCAUGCCUGGUAGCUUCCCAGGUCAAACCGAGACGUCCCCUAACAAGGAAAACGCAGAUCCGGCAGUAGGCUCCGGAAUUCCUCAUGGAAUGUCAAACAAGAAGAGACAUCGAGCUACGUGGGACGAAGAGGAAGAAGAGGAAGAGGGCAGCAAGCGCGGCGCGAAGAAAUUGCGAAAAGAUGCUCAAGCACCUGAGGGAUAUGCCCUCGUCGCGCCUCGACUAGCAAGCGAGUCCCCAACGAAGAAGCUGGGCGGAACCGCUUACACCCCUAGCCCGCAGAAAAAGAAGAAGGGCGGCCUCAGUCUCAGCCGACUGAAUAUGCUUGCCCGACCUAAGGUCCGCAAGUAAUCGAUUUCAUUUGAGGUAUUCGCCGAGCCUUUGGCACAGUAACAUUACGGAACGAAUCACGAUGUCAUUCAGCACUAAGAAGCUCAUGCUAUUGCAAUCAUUGUUCAGGGUAUCUGUCUAGGGUGUCUGGAUUUGAGAUUGCUGACAGAAGCACGGUGGCGUAAUAGUUUUCAUCUCUUGGAGUCCGAGAUGCGUUUGUACAUUACCCCUAGCAUUAUCGCUCCUACACCGGGAGAUCUGCUAGUUUGUUGUAGUUUUUAUUCUUUUUCUUUUUUUUCUCGGGGGAGAUUCAUGAACGGCUUUGUAAGACCACGAAGAGAAAUCGGACACUUGACGAUGGAUAAGGUGGCUUACUAUCUACAGGUACCUUAGGUACUUCUGGUGUUAUGGGCGUUCGUUGGCUGGCAACGUCGACUUUCCAAAAUCGCAGGGCUCGAUAGGCUACUAGAGUUUAAUGAUGAUUACGAUAUUUGGCAGUGAAUCGGUUGGUUUGGUUGUGAGAGUGAGAAUACCUAGGUAUGUGAUUGUUUCUCGUUUAGUGAGCUGUGCUUUCCUUUCCCUGUGGUGUAAAAGCACUGGGUUCUUAAUAUUGAGUUUGAAUGAGAAUCACCUUCUCCUUCCCUUAAUUUUGUUGUCGUGAGGCUUUGGUAACGGGUCCUUACUCCCCACUCCCCCCUUUUUUUCUUCUUUUUUAUAUGUAUG